CCAAAACUGAAUCUUAACCGCUUCUCUCAACUCCCAUGGCCCCACCACCGCGCUACUCCUCCGCCAUCAUCUUUCUCCUCCUCCUCCUCCUCCUCGCCGCCUCCGCCGCCGAUCCUCCCACCCAAUCCCAAGAAUUCGACGACAUGCUGCAGUCUCUCCGCAACUACGGCUACUCUCUCUUCACCAACGCCAUCGCCACAUCCGAUCUGAAUUACGAGCUCCUCGCCGCCCCCAAUUUCACUCUCUUCGCCCCGAGAGACGAGCUCCUCUACGCCCUCGACAUGGCCACCUCCGCCGCCGCCUACGUCAGCACCCUCCGCUACCACAUCGUCCCCACGCGCCACACCUUCGCCGACCUCAAAAACCUCUCCGCCCCCUUCCUCGACACCCUCCUCUUCGACUACUCAAUCUUAAUCGGAAAAUUCCGCGACGUCCACGUCUCCACCGAUCGGGCCUCCAUCGGCCUCAUCGUCGACGGCGUCCGCGUCGCCUACCCCGACCUCUUCCUCGGAUCUAGAAUGGCGGUUCACGGAAUCGACGGAAUUCUGCUCACCGGCCUCAAUCUCAGCCGCGAUCUCGGCGCGGAUUACAUUCCGCCUCCGCCCACUCCCGGAGCUCCGGCGGAUGAUUUGGAUCGGAAUAUUCCGGCGCCGGCGUAUCCUUUCGUUGGGAGGAAUGAUGCUCCUGGUGCUACGGUGGAGUCUUAUUUUGAUUGGGAUGCGACUCCGCCUCCGGAAAGAGGUCUGAGGAAGGGGCGGCGCCGCUACCGGAGGCGUAUGGCGCUCGGCCGUCUCUAAACUGCGUUUGGGUCUGUAUUGGAAUAUUCCAGAUUGUUUGGGGUAAAUGUGUCAUUUCAACUCUACAUGGAAUAUAUGAGAAUUUAGAAUUUGAGAAUAUUGAUUUAGCAAGUUGAG